GUGCACCUUAUUCACAAAAUAAAACCUGGUGCAAUUACCAUUGAGCUAUUGCUACAUUUUUCCCAAUAAUAACACAAAAAUGAUCAAAUGAAGGAUAAGAAUAACCAGGCAAAUUGUGUUCAUUCUUAGUAACUUCCUAGGGUAUCAGGGUGAUCCUGAAUGCUUAGAAUUUGCAGCAUAGCUUAGCAAAACACAGCAACUUUGUAGGUGGAACAGAUUUCACAGUUGUACUGUAACUACUACAGUUUAUCAUAUAGUUUCAUAUAGUGCUAAAUGAACUGCCAUUUUCCUUCAUACACAUCGGUAAGGUCAGCUAUCCUCUUAAUUUUAUUCACACAUCUCUUUGAAGGUAGAGCAGUGUCCUUAGUACUUUCCAUAUGAAAGGCCCUUAAUUGAAACUAGCAUUCAUCUCAAGUAUUCAUCUGAGCCAAAGCAUAAAGCCUCAUCCUAUUCUCUUUCAGGCCACUGCUAAGCAACAACCUACAGAGGAUUUUUUUUUUUUUUUUUUUUUUUUUUUUUUACUGCUUGAAGGGUUGCGGUGAGAGAGGCUUGCAUAAUGAUGCUUUGAGGGGGUCUGUUUUCCUUUCGAUGAAGGUUUAGGGGAUAGAGGUGAAAAGCUAUGUUUAUCUCACUGUGAUCCUCAGACUUUUCAUUUCUUCUGGGACUGAGAGUGUCAGAAGGGCUUUUGGUGAUCGUUGGGGAAUUGGGAGGAAGUAGAGAUGGACAUGGCAAAGCAUGCGGAUAACCGACAUUCCAGGCAAGAAAACACCAUCGGUUAUGUACAAAGGUUCCUGUGUUGCUCCUGCUUCCAGACGGGUGAGAAUGACUGCUUGGAGUACAAUCAGGAAAAGCCACAGAAUCCCAAGGCUGUUGUGGAUGAAGAGAACGUCCUUAUCGUUGUUGAAGAUUUGGGAAUAGACAACCCUGGAUUUAGCCUUUCUGAAGUUGAGCACUGCGGUCCACCUCAACAGAUCACCAUGGGCCGUUCUGCUAGUUCUGUGUCUAUGUGCCAAAGAGCAGCUCUGAAGAAGAAGCUCGCACCACUUUCCUCUUUACCGCUUCAGUCUAGAGCGAUCCAGAACAGUGAGGACGACUCUACUGUUGACUCUCUCCUGUACGGUUCUGGCAGCACUAAUGUUGGAGAUGGUAGUCUUCUCACUCCACCAGUCAUUAACCUCAUACCUCCGACACCUUCCGACGUAAUAGAUGAUGAUCAGUUCUUUGACAUAAACUCAGAAGAAGACAGUCUGCAGCAAACGUCAGGCAGCGAAGGAGUAGACAGUAUUGGCAGUGCUGCUAUGGGAGAGCAAGAGAGUGAGGAAGAUGUAGACCAAGACUUGGAGUCUGAAGGUAAUCAUAAGACCAAAGAUGAAGAACAUCCACAGGUGGAGCCUCCAGAGGAAGAAAUGGCCAAGAAGAAGAGCAUAGACAAGUCUACAAUCCACUUCCUGCGUAGCACCUUUCAUGUACCCCCUCUUCCUGAAUACCCACGAAAAAGGAGCCUCAAUACUGGAAUCAGUUUGCUGCAGUUCACUGAACAUAAUCUAGAUGACCUGAGCAACAAGGAUGCCUGCAGCCAUGAGUUGCUAAAGGAAGAGUUGAGGCUACUACCGCUGAGCAGUAAGAUAAGCAUGUUAACACACCAAAAGAAACCUGCCACUAGGUCCUGUAGUUUGGGCGAUACGGCGCAACAAAGUCAUACCUUUCACUCCACAUGUCAAGAAAGAGAUGAAAUCCUUGAAGAUGAGGAAUCCCCACGCCAAAGGAGGAUAACUGUUGCAUCAUACAUUCCGCAGUCCAAAGACCAUACUGGAAAAAGUGUAGUGAAGUCGAAUUCUAAUGGGUAUAGAGCCAAAUCUUUAGCAGAGCUGAACACAGAGGAGGUUUGCCAGUGGUUUAGUAAUAUUGGUCUACAGAAAUGCCUGCCCUUCAUUAGAGAGGCAGAGUUCAGUGGGUCCCACAUCGCUUCUAUUGAUCUCAACACCCUCGAAAUCCUUCAAGUGUCCAAUCUGGAGGAAAGAGAGAGGCUGCUGUCUGCCAUUUACCAUGAGUUACACCCGCCAAACUCCACCACCCAAAGACUCGACUCCCUCCUUGAAAGAUUUGGUCCACACAAUGUUGAGAAAUUCACAGCAGCUUUGGUUUCCAUGACCAAGUCAAAAUCUUCUCCUCAAGUUAGCAGCAUCAACAUGAACCAAUGUUCAUUCAAAUUCAGACAGAAAGAACAAAAUGCAAAAAUUCAGAAGAACUCGCAUCUCAUUGAAAUCACAGUCAAUGUGUCAGAUCGAACAGUUCAUUUAAGGACCCCCAAAGAGACAAGUGUGGGAAAAGUGGUGGAGUCCUGUCUGAGGAUGCUGGGAAUUAAUGAAGACAAAGAUCACUUCAACCUAAAAAGCAGUGAAGAUGAGUUCUCCCCUGAGCAGCAGAUUGGAGAUUUGCCUGGCUCAGAGACGAGACUAAUGGAGCUUCACUUAUAUAGGAAGGAAACACAGAAAGUGGGUCCUUAUUCAUCAGAUAACAACAUUAUUAGUACCACUGACAAUAUUCCGUGCAAAAAUCUGCUAAACAACACUGGGAAGAUUCAAAAGCUAAAUCAACAGGUGGCCUCCCUUCAAAACGUCAUCAUACAGGUUCAGGAGCUUUACCAUGGUCUGGUAGCCUUCUGUUCAGAGCUGAAGAAGAUGGAGGGGGAGAUGGAUGCAGUGCAAACAGACAGCUUUGAAGUGAAGAGGCUUCUCAGUGAGGCCCAGGACAAUCUGCAAAGGAAAAGACAGAGUCUUCAAACGCUCAGGGACAAUCUUAACACUGCACCAGUGCAGAAGAAUAAGCCAUCAGAGGUCCGACUUCUGGAGAAGAUGAGGCUAAACUGCCAGGUGUUUAAAGACGAGAUCACACUAGUCCACCUCAAUCGACAGGUGGCUCACCUGCGUGAAGUUCUGGAGAAGACACAGGCCAAGGAGAAAGCCAAGAGGAAGAGCCCUACUCUGACUCAGCUGGUCUCUUUGCAGUCUCCUGUCAUGCUGGUGGCCACCCAAGUGAAAGCAGACCCAGACGGUCAUUACGGUUUCUCUGCGCACUGGGUAGAGGGCCAGGGCCUGAUGGUGGUACAUAGUGAGGGUGCUAAUCUCUGCCUGAAUGACAGGCUGGUGGAGGUUAACGGAGUGGACGUCUUGGGGAGCAGUGAGGAUGAGUUGGAGCUGAUGCUUAAGACACACACUGCCCACAUUGUUGUUCUUCGCCAGCUGGCCCAAGAACUUCCACAGGAAGACCCAUCUGCCCCCACUUCAGACAGAUUUCUGCUCUGAGGGAUCAACAGGACAUACAAAUGCUGCAGAAACAUCAAGCAAUGUAAACCAACUAAACACUGUCCAGAUUAAUACUUUCUUUCCUGUCUUACUGGAGGAACACACUCAGACACACCUGAAUUGGUCAUAUCUUAUGUUUUAUCCCACUUAUUACUAUAAUGACAUUUGUCUUGUAAGAGAAGAGGAUUAUAUGUUCACCCUGCAUUACAGUCUCUGGGUCAUUUCAGGGCAGUUUCAUUUUUGGGUGUUUUUGGGUUUAUACAAAUGUAAUAGCCAUAGUCUCAAUUAAUGGGUGGGUCAGUCAAAAACUGCUCAUAAAAAUGGCAAUUUUUGGCAAAAUGGGCAUUUUGAAUUCUAAAUUGCAUUGAACCAUGAAGGUCAAGUUGGCAAAAUAACUUUCACUUUGUACACUUUUUUAAAAAGCAGCUGUGGUGAAAUAGGAGGCAAGGAAACUUCCUGUAAGACUGACAUUAAUAAAAAUACAGAUAUCAAAGCAAAACUUCUUUUUUAAAUGGGUAAAUAUUUAUUUUUUAUUUAUUAUUACAAAGAUUGACUCAAGGAGCGUCAUGAAGUGAUGUAGUGAAAGUCCUAACCACAUGAUUGUAUUAAGAGUAUGUUAAAGGAUUUUUAUAUGAAUUUGUGGUCACACUUUAUUUUAAGGUCCAGUUUUCACUAUUAACCAACUAUUAACUAUGACAUUUGCCUUAAUAA